CACAGUGUAAUCCUGCGUCGCUUCCUCCAUCUCUAAGCAGCAUCUCUUUCCGGGCACAUUAUAUCAAUUUUAUUCAGGCCAUUAUAAGCUCUAUCCCGUCCAGCAUUUUCGCCGAUACACAUCGUCGGUUUGCAGGUCGUCUUUGAGGAUGAAAGGAGCAUGGUUGGCCGUGGUUUUGAGCGUGCUUUUGGCCAAUGUCUUCCUGUCUGAAGCAGCGCGGAGCAGGAAAGACUCCAGCAGCCAGAACAGCUUCAGGAGGGCGGCCAGCGGCUUCUACCAAACACUCAGUAAUGUCUUCGGAGAGGAUAACAUCAGGGCUCUCUACAAGUUCUUUUCAAAGACCACCGAGAGGUUUGUUAAUGGAGUUGAUUCAUUAUUGGACACUUUGUGGAAACUCUGGGUGGAUCUGCUGGAUGUUAUGGGGAUUGACUCCUCUAACCUGACUCACUACUUCAGCCCAUCAUCCGUAUCCAGUUCUCCGUCUCGUGCUCUCCUCCUGGUGGCAGCCUUGCUGGUAGCUUACUGGUUCUUGUCCCUGUUCCUGAGUGGCUUCUUUUAUGUCCUCCAUGCUGUGUUUGGCCGGUUCUUCUGGCUUGUCCGUGUGGCACUUUUAGCUCUCUCGUGCCUGUACAUUCUACAGAAGUUUGAAGGCGACCCUGAAAAGGCAGUGUUGCCGCUGUGCUUCAUCAUGGCAGUGUACUUUAUGACUGGACCGGUAGGAGCGUACUGGUGGAAAGGGGGCGGAGCUGGAAAUCUGGAAGAGAAGAUUGACCACCUGGACACCCAGAUCCGCCUUCUCAACAUUCGUUUGAGCAGAGUGAUUGAAAACCUGGAACGCUCUAGUGACCAAUAAAGAGACAGGAUUUUGCCGCAGGCUAACAGUGUAUCCUAACCAAAUGCGAUGCUAUACCAUUCUGGCGACAAGCAAUUUGUCUGUCCACACUGAAUGUGAAACAGCGGUGCGACAUGUCACAAUCACAGCCGAUCAGAACAUAUUUGAUGUUAAAUAUACAGUUAUGAUGACUGGCAUUUUGGACCAGUGAGAGUUCACAGGGGGCAAGGCUGCAGAAAAUAGAAACCAAGUGAUCAACAAAAUGUUGCAGUCAUAGCUGGCUUGUCGCAUUAUUGUGUCGCAUCUGGUUAGGACAUAAUGUUAAAGCUGCAGUUAAGAUUAGGUGAGAAAAAAAAUUACGAUCACUUAAGAUUUCUUUUUGCCCCUUAUUUCUCAGGAUUUCCAGCAUCUUCAAUGCCAAUAGACCUUUUAGUCAGGCAAGAAUAGUUUGUGAUUCAAUUUUCUCUUUUGACACGAACAAUAACAAAGCUAGCAUUGAAAUGAACCCUCUCAUUUUGUAUGUACUUUUAAUUCACAAGUUGAUAGACUGAAGAAAGUUUCCAUUACAUUUGCCAUAUUGUAGUAGAAUGUAUUAUUAGAGUCCAACAUCCACUGUAGCUGCCCAUUUCUCUAAGUAAAUAUCAGGAUGUUUUUGUAUACUGUGGAUCUGUGUGUAAUGGCAAGUCAGUGUCUGCAAGGGUUUCUUGGCCUUGAGUUGAGUGUGUUAUUCCAUUGCGCAGUGUUACACCCAUUUGUCAUUGUUUGCUACAGACACCUGUAAGUGUCUCAAAGUGUGAAGGAUAACAAGUAUCACUUUAUUUGUCUCUUAUUGAAUCAUAAGGUCACCAGAGGUCACUCUAAGUUCAGAACCAAUCAGCACUAUCAGGGAUAGAGAUGUAUGUGGAAAUCAUGUUAAGAAAGCAGCUAGUCAUCAAUGUACACAGUUUCUCCUUCCAAAUUUUAAUGUGGUAAAAUAAGUAUGAGCAGGGUAAAAUCUGGUCAUGCAUUUUGUUCUCUGCAUGAGCUCAUGAUUAACAUUGAAUCUGGUUGAUUUUUGUUAGGUUGAUUGUUGUUUUAUCACUUGAAGAUGUGGCUAUACUGUGGAUGCACAGUAUAGCCACAUAUCUGUGUAUUAUACCAUUUUCAUAUGUACGCAUAUAGAAAGGAAUCAAAUUAAUAUUUAUAUAAUCACUCUACUGAUAUGAUGAUCUAAUAGUUGGUGCCGCUUAAUUGUUUUCGUAAGAAGUGUGUGUGUGUGUGUGUGUGUGUGUGGUUCAAUGCACAUUUUGUUUAUUUACUAGAUAAGCCCUCUAAAUUCGCAAUUAUCUGUCGAGCAGCUUACUACUGUUCUAGGUUAUCAUGUUAUUUAUUAUUCAGUUUUCAUAUGAAUCAAUCUAACUUGUGCAGUUUCACUCCUUGCUGUUUGUUUUAAUGUCCAUUCCACUUUUUGGCUUUUGACUUAUCAUACUCUAAUAAUUACACACCCUUCUUAUAGGUGCUGGAUACGAUUUUAGCUUUUCUAGAAUUUCCACAAGUUGAGCUGUUGGAUUAGCCACGCCCCCUUUCUCCAAACUCAGCACUCCAAAGACACCAAAUAAGCUUUUAUUAAGACUGUCUGGAGUAGAAGCAUUUGUCAAAAACAACAGCAGCAAAACAGCACCCUCAACUCUUAAUUUUUAAACACUUAAUUUUUUUAUUUAUUAAACAUUAAUACUACUAUAUUUAAGUAAAUACUUUGAAAGUCGAUUUUCACGUUUGAAGACCAGGAACAUUUCAUGUACUAUAUUGAAAACAAUUGUGUAGAUUUUCAAAUCAGUGUUACUAAUUUUCAUUUUCUUAAUUUCUUCUAAAUUAUGUUUUGUUAGUAUAGAUGUCUCCGGCCUGCUGUCCGUUUUCUUCAAUGAAUUUGAUAGUUAUGUGAUGCACUAAUGUCAAAAAGUCCCUAUUUGUGUGUAUGUGUGAAGGAUGUUACCUGGUCUUUAAAUCAUACAAGACAAGCACCAACUUUUGUGUAACUAUCCAAAUGGCAAACACUCAUGUGUAAUUGCGAAGUACCAGCAUUGUUGUAAAAGUACUGGGAAUGACUAAGUAUUACACAUCUAAUUUUUUAGCAAAUACUCCAUUAUAUAUAAUAGGCUACAAUAGUACUCACAUUUCUGCAAUUGUAACUGUUUUGAGAAGCCACAGCAAUACACUGUGAGAUGUAUCUAUUUUUUGCUGUAAUGUCAAGUGUAGGCCAAGCAGAAUGGAUGUUUUUUAUUUAGCAGUGCAGCCUUGAUUUGUGCUGGAAUUGCAGUGCUGUAGAAAUGUUUUUUUGUUUGUUUGUUUUUUCUCAUAUCAGAGCUAUUUUCCAACCUACACUUUCUUGCAAAUUCAUUUAAAUCUUGGAUUUAUACUGCAUAGUUGUGGAAUAUUGUGUUUUGUAUUAGUAUAUAAUCUACAUCAAACAUAAGGGAAAUAUACUGAGAUAAUAACUACAAAGAUCCAUUUUUUUUUUUAAAAUCCCAUAUACUGCGCCAGUGCCAAGUGUUCUGUGUUGAGGAUUUUUUAUUUGAUUGAUUUGAACAGAAAGCAAUGAAUCUAUAUGUGAAGUCUAGACCUUAGCUAUUUUAAGCAAAUCUGGUCUUCUUUUGUACUGUAUAACUUUCAUCAGAAUUGUUCACCUAGAGUGUUGCUUGCUGUGGUAUUCUUUGCGCUGUCUGUAUCAUAUUUUGUGUUUAUGAAACUUGUUAAAUAAUUUUCUCUAAAAUGAAACAGUGGUCCAAAAAUUAUUUAAUAAACAGAAUAUAU